AUAUUUGACCUCGUUCCAACACAAACCUUGGGCUUGCGUAUGAAAAUAAAAUGACAGCUUAACUUGCAAAUGUAUUAAUUUGUUACCUGUGUGAAGCAACAAAUUCUAGAGAAAAAGCUUGAAGAUGGAAUAAAACUAUUAAGGAAUAUUUUACUAAUUCGGAACAGGAGGACAGGAGAAAAUAAGAGGAAUUUGAGCUCAUUGAUUAAUAAUAAUCUUGAAAAUAAUAUUCACUACGAAGACAACAGUCGGAGUGAAAUGAUUGUUAAGGAGUGGAUCUGAACAGCAGAAAAAAACUUGUAACAAACUAAUAUUGAAAAAAAAAAUUGGAAAUGUUUAAAGAGCUAAACUGUAGCGGGUUUAUCUAAGUUUACUUACCUAAGUCUACGAAAUCGUUGACGAAAAAUCUUCAAGGAUCUUUCUUCAAAUAAGUGAAGUGAAGGGAAUUAAAAAUUUCUCAAACGCCUUUUUGUUACUAGUGAUCGAAACCUAUCUUGAUGUCCUCGGCCGAUGCAGAAGAUACGGACGAAGAGCUCGAUGCGUUCUUACAGUUGGAGGAAGAUUUGCGAAACAUAAAAUCUGUGAUUCAUGUUACCCGAGAAAACAUCGACGCUCUAAAUGAAAAAUUUGCUGACUUUCAGCAGCCACCGGCGCUGUACCUGGAAGAGUAUCAGGAACUCACCUCAAAACUUCAUGAUCUUGAGAUCAAGGAACAGGAUCUUAUGGAAAAGAAGAUACAAAUGCAGAAUGAACAGUUAAGCGAACCCAGCGAACCUCCUGAUCCAGCAGAGCGGGUAGAGACUGAGAGCAUGUGCGGUACACUAAGUAGACAGUCGAAAAUGUUAUUACGAGCCUUCUUACCAAAUCAGCAACGUACAUCCGUGCAAGUAAUUCCAGGAAUGCGGUUAAAGGACGCCUUAGCGAAAGCAUUAAAACGCCGUAACCUUACUUGUGAGUUCUGUGAGGUAACUGCCGGCAACAGUAACUAUCCGAUUCCGUGGGAAACUGAUGUAAGCGCUCUAAACUGCGAUGAAGUGUUCGUUCGUAUCCUGGACAUUGGAUUCCCAACGUAUAUAUCGCAUCAGUUUAUCCGGAAAACAUUUUUUUCCCUUGCAUUCUGUGAGUGCUGCCGCCGUUUGCUGUUUACUGGAUUUUACUGUAAUCAGUGUAACUAUAGAUUUCACCAGCGAUGUGUCGAUAAAGUACCACCUAUAUGCAGCAAGCGACACAUGGAUAGCACAUUUUAUCAUGUGCUUUUGGCCAACCCAGAAAGCACGGCUGGUAUCAUUAAUCCAGGGGCCGGUGGAUACAGUACAAGCUUGCGUCAUCCACGUUCUCUCAACCAGCAUGAUCGUUCCAAUUCGGCUCCAAAUGUUUGCAUUAAUAAUGUGAUAAAGCCAUUCUUCGGAGGAGAAAAUAGACAUGUGAUCAGCAAUCGACCAUUACAGGCACAACCAAAUCAAGAGCAUUCGCAUUCCACACAAGCAUCACCUACAAAUACAUUAAACCAUAGCAAAAGACCGCGGGCUCGAUCAGCUGAUGAAAGCAAUAAGAAUCUGCUAUCUCCAAGGGAUUCCAAGCAAUCCGAUGAAAACUGGGUAAGAAUGCUACAUUAAAGUUAUAGAUUGGACAAAUUUGGCAUUAACCUUCCUCCCCAUGAUUUUUGUAGAAUAUCCAGGCAGAGGAAAUUUUAAUAGGACAACGAAUUGGUUCUGGAUCGUUUGGUACAGUUUAUAAAGCUCAUUGGCAUGGACCAGUGGCCGUAAAAACAUUGAACGUAAAAACCCCAAGUCCGGCACAGCUACAAGCAUUCAAGAAUGAAGUAGCAAUGUUAAAGAAAACACGUCAUUGCAACAUUCUACUAUUUAUGGGUUGUGUUAGUAAACCAUCUCUAGCGAUUGUGACGCAAUGGUGUGAAGGUAGCAGUUUGUAUAAACAUAUUCACGUUAACGAGACCAAGUUCAAGCUAAACACGCUGAUUGAUAUCGCUCGGCAAGCAGCUCAAGGAAUGGAUUAUUUGCAUGCAAAAAAUAUUAUUCAUCGUGAUCUUAAGUCUAAUAACAUUUUCUUGCAUGAUGAUUUUUCGGUGAAAAUUGGUGAUUUCGGCUUAGCAACAGCAAAGGUACGGUGGUCCGGAUCUCAACAAUCGAAUCAACCAACUGGAAGUAUUCUUUGGAUGGCACCGGAAGUUAUUCGUAUGAAGGAGCAAAAUCCUUAUUCAUUUCAAAGUGACGUUUACGCGUUCGGUAUUGUACUAUACGAAAUGCUGACCGAGCAAUUGCCAUACAAUCACAUCAAUAACAAAGACCAGAUUUUGUUCAUGGUUGGCUGUGGAAAGUUACGGCCAGAUUCGACAAAAGUACGAACUGACUGUCCACAAGCUUUAAAGCGUUGUGUUGAGGAUUGCAUUAAGUUCAAUCGUGAUGAACGACCGCUCUUUCGAUUAUUGCUAAACAUGUUAGAAAAUAUGCUGCGAACCAUGCCUAAGUUCCACCGUAGCGCAAGUGAACCUAAUUUUACUCAGACCCAACUACAAAAUGACGAUUUUCUAUAUAUGUGUUCAAGUCCUAAGACACCGGUAAACUUCCACAACUUUCAAUUCUACAACGGCGCAGGAAAUUAUUAACCUAUUGAACUGAUAUAAUAGUCGUUACUAGAAACAUGCUUUAUUUUUUAUAAAUUAAACAGAUUCAUCUUGUUAGUUUCUCGCGUAGAAGUGUAGAAUGCAGUAAAUCUUGCAAAUAGAUCAUCGCAUGGUAAAAGGAUGAUAGUAAAAACAAAUUAAACAAGUACGACAAAAUGAUAGGAAUUUUGUCAUGAAAAAUCCAAGCGUUUGAUAAAACUACUUACUAUUGGUUUAUCUUUACUUAAUUUGUGUAGCACGCAUGAAUGAUAGCUUAUUUGAAUAAAAUCUCAUUAUACAAUUUUUUAAACGAGAUAAAA